CGUCUCGUCUCAAGUCCGUUGAUCCUAACUCCUAAUUCGUAAAUGGCCGAAUUAUUGUUGAGCGAGGCCGAGCGGACUUACAUUGUUCAUGGAAUUCAACAAAAUGUGCGCCAGGAUGGCAGGAGCAGAGAAGAUUACAGAUACAUUGAACUUGAGACAGAUUUUGUUCCUCAUUUGUGUGGUUCGGCUAGAGUAAGAUUGUCCAACACGGACAUUCUUGCAGGUGUAAAAGCUGAAAUAGGAGAACCAUCAGAAGGCUCCCCUAAGGAAGGAUACCUGAAAUUCUUCAUUGAUUGUUCAGCAAAUGCCACUCCUGAUUUUGAGGGCAGAGGCGGUGAGGCAUUAGCAGAAGGCAUCAGUUCCAUGCUCGAAAACAUUUAUUUACACAAAUCAACGCUCGACUAUGAAAAGUUAGGCAUCAUUCCUGGAAAAAAGUGCUGGGUCCUUUACGUCGACGUCUUGAUCCUUGAAGUAGGUGGCAACUUGAUUGAUGCCAUAUCUCUAGCUGUCAAAGCUGCUCUGUUCAAUUCCAAGAUUCCCAAUUUGACGGUUGUGACAAGUGAAUUGAAUGAAGCUGAAAUAGAAUUGUCCGAUGACCCGUAUGAUUGCUUCAGACUCGAUGUGUCUCGAGCGCCUUGCAUUGUUACUUUAAAUAAGGUUUUGGAUAAAUAUAUUGUAGACGCUUCCCUUGAAGAAGAAACAUGCAUUUCAUCAAGAAUUAUAUUAGGGGUACAACCGGAUGGCACUGUGACCGGCCUCAAGAAGGAUGGCCAAUCAGGUAUCAAUCCAACACAUCUCAUCGAAGUCACAAAGAUGGGGGUGUCCAUAGGGUUGGAGUUGAACAAAAAGUUAACGAAGGCCCUUCUUGAAGAGGAAUCCAUGGCCAUCAAUCCAAACGUCAAACUGAACACUAACUGCGGAUUUUUAAGAUGAUUUUUGUUUUUUUUUAGACAUGCCUCAAAUAUUCAAUCAAUUAUUAUAGAACAGUUGCUUGAAUUAAUUAUUUUAUGUAAAGCUUUGUUUGGUAUUUGUUAUUAAGUUAUAUUGCUCCAUGUAACUUAAAUAUAAAUAAUUUAUUUUAAAACUGUAUAAUGCUUCCAAGUCUAAAUUGUGGCAUCUUAGAACCGACCGCUGAAAUUUGUAUACAUAGCCAUGGUGAUGUUGACUUGAAACGU